GACUGUUUCAGAUACUUCGGAUCUCCGGAUGGAUUUGUGGGCUGAAGCUUCGCUUUGCUCCUGUGGGAGGGAUGUUUUGCUUUUCCAGCUUUGUGCCUUCCUCGAGUCUUGCCUUUGUUGCUGCUCUUUUCUUGGGAGGCUGAAUAGGUGGAGAUCGGUAUUCGGAGCUCUUGAUACUUCAGAGUUGUUUGUUGAGUCUGGUGUGCUCCAGGAGAGAGGGGUGUGGAAUUGGAUGCAGAUCUCUGAGUGAAAUAAAAUAAGUAGUUUUGAAGACAGAGGGUUGCAGGAGGCGUUGGAAAGCAGUUUGUUUGUGUCAAGGUGUUAUGACUCCAGUAGCUGAAACUUUGUUGUACAAUAGGUAAGCUGGUGUGGGUGCUCUGUGGUACGGAGACGUGCUAUCUGAUUUGUGUGUGCAUGGGCUUUGGCAUCAGGCACUUAACUCCCAGGCAGCCUUGCACUGAGGGGUCAUCAGUCAGCAAACCCAGAGACUCGGGGAAUGACAGCAGAGGGGUAAAUCCUCAGUCUGGUAUGGGAACAUGGGCAUUGUCUUGUCCCAGGAGCUACACCUACAUGGGAGCAUUGUCUCUGCAGCUGUGCGUAAGGAAGGGCUGGAGCAAGGGGAGCCUGGUGCUGGGGAUCUGUGCUUGCAGGCAGCUGCAGCUCCCAGUAUUGCAAGUGGGUGGGGUGAGCAACACUAUGUUUGAUGUGGGGUCCCAUGAGGGACUGGGACGCCCCUUCUGCUUUUGCCCAUGAACCAGGCAGACUUCUCCCACUGUUGCUCUUUCUCUCUCCUGUGUGUUCUGCCCUCAAAACGGUGACCUCGAUUGCUCAGAAGUAGAAGCACCCAUCGUUAUUUAAAUGGCUGGGGGUCCUGGGCUGCUGUGCCAGCCUGAAACAGGGCUCAUCUGUGUGCGGGGUUCCGCACUGUGGCUGCAGCACAGUUUCCAAGAGGAAUGCUGAAACAAAAGCGCUAAUGAGCACCAGAGAGGAAGGAUCUAUAACUUCCAGAUGGCAACAAGCCUGUAAUCCCUUUGGGAAGGAUUAGGGACUCAUCAGCGUGGCAGAGCCUGGCAAGGAUAGCCAAGCAAGGCACCUCUGGCUGCAGAGUCCAGUGCAGGUUUGGCAGCAUCCUGACGCUAGCCCCGCUGGCUGUCCUGCCCUGAGCUGCCUCGUGUGGUCUUGUAGCAUUCUGUGGCGGUCAGUAACUGGUCCUGCAGCACUGAACUCUCCUCGUUUUGACUGAUGGCAUGUUCUUCAGCCUAACCCCAUCUGGGUCCUGCUGCUCCCAAUGAAGAAAGGGACUUCUGCUGCUGAAAGGGAGACUUCUUCCUUUUUUUUAUGUCCCGUGGGAUUUUAAGGCAUUCUUCUUGCUGGAUUCCACCUCCUAUUCAGGCAUAUUUUGAGGAUUUACAAACUUAUUUCGAUGGCUUUAUAAACUACUGGGAUCUGAAGGCUUCUUCCUUGUGUGCCGCUCCUCCCACCUGUCUGCAAUGGGGCGAGAGCAGGAACUGAUCCAGGCUGUGAAGAAUGGGGACAUACCUGGUGUGCAGAAGCUGGUGGCCAAGAUCAAAGCAUCCAAGACCAAGCUCCUGGGAUCUGCCAAGCGCCUGAAUGUGAACUACCAGGAUGCAGAUGGGUUCUCAGCACUGCACCAUGCAGCCUUGGGUGGCAGCCUGGACCUCAUCUCACUCCUGCUGGAGGCACAGGCCACUGUGGACAUCAAGGACAGCAACGGGAUGCGCCCCCUGCACUACGCAGCCUGGCAGGGACGCGUGGAGCCAGUGCGGGUGCUGCUGCGUGCUGCCGCCUCUGUCAAUAUGGCCUCACUGGAUGGGCAGAUUCCACUGCACCUUUCAGCACAGUAUGGCCACUACGAGGUGUCGGAGAUGCUUCUGCAGCACCAGUCCAACCCCUGUCUCAUCAACAAGGCGAAGAAAACCCCCCUGGACUUGGCCUGCGAGUUUGGGCGACUGAAGGUGGCCCAACUGCUACUGAACAGCCAUCUGUGCGUUGCCCUCCUGGAGGGGCAGUCAAAAGAUGCGACCGACCCCAACUACACCACCCCACUGCACCUGGCAGCCAAGAAUGGGCACAAGGAGAUCAUCAGGCAGCUGCUGAAGGCUGGAAUUGAGAUCAAUAAGCAGACAAAGACGGGCACAGCCUUGCAUGAGGCCGCGCUCUAUGGCAAAACAGAGGUGGUGCGUUUGCUGCUGGAGGGCGGUGUUGACGUGAAUAUCAGGAACACCUACAACCAGACAGCACUGGACAUUGUCAACCAGUUUACCACUUCACAUGCCAGCAAAGACAUAAAGCAGCUGCUGAGAGAGGCAUCAGGAAUCCUGAAGGUACGAGCUUUGAAGGAUUUUUGGAACCUCCAUGACCCAACUGCUCUCAAUGUCCGGGCAGGAGACGUCAUUACGGUCCUGGAGCAGCAUCCGGAUGGGCGAUGGAAGGGACACAUCCAUGACAUUCAGAAAGGCACUGAUCGCAUUGGGUACUUCCCCCCCUCCAUUGCUGAAGUCAUCAGCAAGCGAACAGGCAUGAUCCUCCCCCGCAUGGCGUCCACACACCAGCACCAGGGCACUCCUGGGGCCCCCACGGCACUCCCUGACUGCAGCCCUCCACAGCUGCAGCAUCUCCCCAGCGAGUGUCCGCAGCAGGCAGCCCCAGCAUCCUAUGGCCACCUCACCCUAACCUGGACGGCCCCAGGCCCUGACAGCUCAGCAGGAGACAGGAACAGCGUGGGCAGUGAGGGCAGCAUUGGCAGCAUCCGCAGUGCAGGCAGUGGACAGAGCACUGAGGGUACCAACGGGCAAAACACCAACAUCGUCAUUGAGAACACCAGGCCGCUGCCCUCCACUGGUGAUGACCUCCAGCAACAGAUUUUGGGAUCAGAGCCACGCAAUGAGCAGAUUACUUCCAUGACAGGGCCCCCAGGCCACCAGACCCCUAGCAGCUGCACCCCUGGAGACAAAGUCUUUUCACACCAGUUUCUGCGACCUGAGCAGCUCCUUGAGGGGAAGGAUGCAGAAGCCAUUUACAACUGGCUGAGUGAGUUCCAGCUGGAGUCAUACACUGUCAACUUCCUCAAUGCUGGCUACGAUGUCCCCACCAUCAGUCGAAUGACACCAGAGGACCUGACGGCCAUCGGUGUGACCAAACCAGGCCACAGGAAGAAAAUUUCCAGUGAGAUUGGGCAGCUCAGUAUCACCGAGUGGCUGCCCAACUAUAUUCCGGUGAGUCCCUGGCGUCAGGGCUUUGGUCCUCUUUUCUCAGAGCUGCCUUUCCCCAGGACAGGAUGGGGGAGCUAUAAGAAAAUGAACACUGAAACUGCCUGCAUUAAUUCAGCCAGAGAGAGAUCCCGAGAAAGCAGCCUCCCAGUCAGGAACAGGGAGAAGGUGGGUGAAAGCACUGCCCAUCCCUUGAUGCUCAUGGCAGCAUCUCUGUGCUCUUCACAGGCUGAUCUGAUGGAUUGGCUCAGUGCCAUUGGUUUGCCGCAAUACCACAAAAAAUUGGUAAACAACGGCUAUGACUCCAUCACCAUUGUCACAGACCUGACAUGGGAGGAUUUGCAAGAGAUUGGCAUCAACAAGCUGGGCCACCAGAAGAAGAUCAUGUUGGCUGUAAAGAAGCUCAGAGACCUCCGCAAAAGCCUCAGCCAAACAGAAGCGACACUGACAAGACAUAAAGUCCCUGGUGCCCUGGACAUUGUCACUAUUGAGUCACUGGAGAAUGGGGAGUGCCAGUCCCCAAACACACCCAAAAUGACAACGUUCCAGGACAGCGAGCUCAGCUACGAGCUCCAGACAGCCAUGUCCAACAGCUGCCACGAGACGCUCAGCAUCAAAAACAGCCAAGGAAUGUCACGGAGCCAGGAGAGCAUUGGGGUGCGGUCCCGGGGCUCGGGGCACUCACAGGACAACGUACCGUGCCGGCACCUCUCCAGUCCCUCUCAGGAGAGCCUGGGCAGCGGGGAGAGCAGCAGCAGCAGCAGCGGGCAAUCCUGCAUGCCACCUCACAGCAAGGAAAACCUGGCCAGCCUGCCGAGACAGCCUAGCCCAGAGCCCUAUGGGAAGCUCACCUCCCCUGAGGGGCUGAAUGGCUUCGCUAAUUGCAGUGGGGGCAGCCCUCUUAAGGAGAGGAACCUGCCUGAAGGCACAGAUCAGUAUGCCCGGCUGACAGCUCAGAAAGGUGCUGGCCAUGUGGGGACACUGAUGGUCACUCCCAGCACUCCUCCCCAGACUCCCAGCAAGGCAACAGCUCCAUAUGUCUUCAUGUACCCACAUGUCUCCUUGAAAUCCCCAAGAACCCCUUCCAGUCAGGGAGCAGAGCAGCCUAAGACCUCUGCACACUCCUACCCCUCCUCUGGGCAGAAAAGCAGUCUGCAGACAUCAGCCCCAAAAGCUUUCUCGUACCUGCACAGUCAAUGUAGCCCUGCUGAGCUGCUCAAAGCUGCCACAACCCCGAAUGCCUGGCAGACAGGGGAGCAGCACAAGGGGGGUGAAGGCUCCAAGAACAAGAAGCGCUCACAUAGCCUGAACCGCUAUGCACUGUCGGAUGGAGAGCCUGAGGAGGAGGAGGGGAUACCCACCAGCACGCUGGGCUCCUAUGCCACCCUGACGCGGCGGCCAGGACGCAGCCAGAUGCCACGGGCCUGCCUGCAGACAGAGGCCAAGGUGACCCGCAGCCAGUCCUUUGCCAUCCGGGCCAAGCGCAAGGGCCCCCCGCCGCCGCCUCCUAAGCGUCUCAGUUCUGUCUCUAGCACUCCCACCACCGAAGUGGACAAUGAACAGCCUCCUAACCCUGAGCGACAGCCUUCUGUACCCCGGGAUGUGGCUGACACAGGUGCCAGCCCCAGUGACAGCGGCUGCAGCAGGACAGUGAGGAGCCUGGUGGCCGCACUGGAGGAAACACCAGGGCUGAAUCCACCCAAACCUCUCCUAGCCCCGAAACCACUGCAUGUGGCUCAGGACUCUCUCUCCAAGGCUGCUGUGGAUGAUAAGUCCCACAACAGUUGUGAUCCCAGUGGCACUGUGCUCUCUGAUUCUGGCUGGGACUCAUUUGAUAGCAGCAAGCCGAGGAGACGGACACUGAGUGAGCCCAGUACUCCCAUGUCAGAGGCUGUGCAGGGUAGGCAGGAGGAUGCCUGCUCAGAUGCAGAAGAAGAGGCCAAGCCAGAGGUCUCUUCAUCCUCCCAGAACAGUUCCAGUGAGUGCAUCCCCUUUGCAGAAGAAGGCAACUUAACUAUCAAGCAGCGACCAAAGCCUGCUGGGCAACCUAAGGCUGACACUGCAGUGCAAGGCACAGAGCCCAAUUCCCAGCCUGCGGAGGCCCUGUGCUCUGAUGGGAAGGAGACGGCUGUGUCCACUGCCACCAGGGAGCUGCCCAUGCUGGAGUUCAACCUCACUGAGUCAGACACGGUGAAGCGCCGACCCCGCUUCAAGGAGCGGGAGCCUCUGCAGGCAGUGCUGAAGGCAUUCAGCAUGGCAGGGCAGGCUGAGGUGGGGGCCAGCUCUGCACCCCAGUAUGCCCAGGCCCAGGCUGUAAGCAUCGUGGGCCCCACCACACAGGGGCCAGCACCACAGGCUGGACUGGCUGGAGAUGCUUUUGACGAUGACAGUGUGGAGUUCAGGAUUGCUGAGAUAGAGAAGAGCAUCUUGUCACUGGAGAAAGGGAUUAAGAAGGCACCAAGCCCCAUCAAAGCUCCCAGCCCCACAGAACUGCUCAGCACUACUGUGGUGAGGAUGCCUGCUCCAGGUAUGGGGAUCUGUGGGGAGGCCUCUAGGGUUGUGGCAGGGUCUGAGGCUCUCUUCUACCGCGGCUGGCUUGAUGUGGCAUUCCCAACCAGCCCAGUGAGGGGGACCUGUGCCACCUCAUGCCAUGAGGCUUUUUCUCUUGCAGACAUCCCUGCCAAGCACACUUCAGUGGCGUCCACAAAGCUGGUGUUCUCUGGGCCCAAGACCAUCUACCAGCAGGUCCUGCAGCCCUCCCGCCAUACUGUCGCUCCCUGGGCAGCUACUGAGUCAGUGCCAGAUGUGAUCGGGUCCCUGGCUGGCCCCAGCCCACUGACACUGGAGGCAAGCAGCAAGGUGUUUGUAAAGCCCUUGGCCUCUGCCCCAGGGGCUGCCCUGGUCCAGCAGCGGCUGGAGCACACCAGCAUCACCACAUUGCAGGCAGCUGAGAAGAAGAUCACAGUGGAGGAGGUGCAGAGCCCCCUCAGGGCCACGCACUCAGCCAAGAACAUCCUGGAGGACAUCAGCAAUAUGUUUGAUGAUCUGGCCGACCAGUUGGAUGCAAUGCUGGACUGAGGCUUGUUCCCUGUUUCCCUUUCCCACCUCUGUCUGCUCUGUGAGCCUGAUGGGGGAAGAACGGAUCAGCGCCAAGCGGUGCCUUUAGGUUCCUCCAGCUGCCCCCUCCCUGCACUUUGCAACACUGCUGGGGAUGUGGAUUGCCCUCCUCACCCCUCAUGUCACUGAGAGCUGCCUGGCCUCAUGUCACCACUGCUGUACAACUGUGGGCUGCUUUAUGAGGGAGUCAGGCAUUUUCCUUUGGACUGACAGAAAGAGGAGAGCCCAGGAGGGCUGCGCUCCUGGAGGCCAUGGAGGAGUCCUCGCUCCCUUGCACAGAGCUGAGGAACCUCCACAAAGGACCUUUCUCUUUCCUCACUGCACUGAAUCCUGCUUCUUAUUAUUUAUCCCCUGCCAACAGUGUGUCAAAAGAAAGACCUUCCUGGGCAACUGCCAUGGAGCUGGCUACCACGCAGAGCCUUGCCUGACAGCAGCUGAAAGAAGACAGGGCUUGUCCUCAUUUGGCAGCUCGUACAGUGAGAAGGAACCUUCCUGCUUUAUUUGUUGCUUUUCCAAAUGCAUUAGUGUCAGGCAGCAUGUAAUGUGAGUGGAUUGAAAGCCCCAGUGGGACCCACACCUCCCAGGAUGGGGCUUGCACUGUGUAUGCCCACAGUCAUGGGGAUGGUGGCACUGAAUGCCACACAUGGACGCAUUUAAGGCAGUCUAGAGCAAUGUAUUCUGUGGAGGCUGGCCUUUGCUACACUGUGCCUACCCAAAAUGCAGCCCUCGAGCUUACAGGGAUAAAGUAGCAGAAUGGUUAGUGGUAGCUUUUUGGUUUUUUCUUUAACCCUCAUUUCUUUUUAGGUGUGGGCCCUCUUCCUACUCCCUCUUCCCAUUUGCACUCUCCCUGCAAGGAGAAGCUGGCACAGGCUGUGAAUGCUGUUACACAGCAGCAGCAUUUGGGACCAGGCUUCGAUGCAGUGCUAAAACCCAGUAAGAGGGGUGAUCUCACAUGCAUGCGGUGAACUCGGCUCAGUAACAGCUGCUGUGCACACACACUGGAUGCAGUUACAGCCCGGUGGCUGUAGCAGGGGAACAGCAGUGGUAGCUCAUUGCAUCCAGCAAUAGGAACGUCUGCAUAGCUUGAAGACAGAUUUCUCUUCCAGGAUCUGUUAGUAGUGCAUGUCUAAAUAUGACCAAGAGCCCUGAACUUGGCUUGUACUCAGCAUGCCAAGCAAAUGAAAGCACCGCAGCACCAGAAGGGAACCUAAGAUUGUACUGAAGUGCCAUUUGUUAGAAAAAUUCUGAAAAAAGGGAAAAAUAAAUUCCAUUUCCAACCUCUGUUAGAAAAUGUCCCACACAAAACCAAACUGGAAAGGGAGAAGGUGGCCAAGAAGGUUUUCCCAGUCCUUUGGGGAAUGUGAGACUGAAGGAGCUUGUUCACAGCCCCUUACCUUGCAUGGAAGAGCAGAGCCUGCCCAGUUGGCUCAUGUGGGCCUUCUCCCACAUGGCCAUGGCACCACAGCCUGGUAGGAUGUGCUAGCCUUGCUCCUGGGCUGGAAGCAAAGAUGGAAAAUUCCCCAAGAAAGGAUUGGCUGGGACCUGAGGUCAAUUUGAGGUGGUUAAGGCACCUUACUCCUGGCUAGUUGGUUGCUCUGUUCCAAACAUCAUAUAGCGCGUGUUUAAAUGACCAUGUCUGACAGGCAAGUGCUGCAUCGUGGACAUGAUGAUUUUAAAACAGCUCCAGCCUGUGGCACUUUAUCAAAAGGUUUGCACAAACCUUUUCACAACUGUUUUUAUUCUCAUGAGUCAACCUGGGACAAAUCCAGUUUUUUUGGGUUUUUUUUGUUUGUUUGUUUUUCCUGACAUUGAUAAACUGUAAUUUUUUUUUAAAGGCCAAUGUAUAUAUUUUAAAUGUGAUUUAUUAUAUAUAUUUACUAGCCAGAACCGCAAGUCUUGUACCCUUGGGUCAGGUGUAAGAGGACACUGGUGUGGAGCUGUCGCUGUCUGAGCCACCUGAGGGCAGCAUCAUGCCGCUCUCACUGUCAAUAAGGGAAUUAAACACUUGAUUUUUUCAGAAUACCUAUUUUUUAAGCUCUAGAUUACUAUUUUGAAGCUACUGUAUGGUGUGUAAGUUAUGCACACUAUGGCUGGGACUGACCCUGCCUGCACCUGCUCCGUGCAGCAAGACAGAAGCAAAACAAAUUGCCCAUGUAAUCAUUAGACUGACAAGAUUUUAAACCUUCUGCUGUUUGUGUUGAUAAUGUUUUGUUUUCCACUAACAUCCAUUAAGACUGAAUUCUAUUAAACAGUGGGGCCUAUUUCACCCUUUUUAUA